GAAAUAAUGGACAGUUCAAUAAAUAUAUGUGAUUGUAUAAGUAUCUGAACGGUUAUAAUUCUUUAUUAUGAAAUAAAAUAUUAUUCUUUAUAGUGUUUACUGCUCAUCGCUUUUGUAAACACGUGUUGCAGGAAGAAAUGUAUAUUGAGAUUAUGUGCUGUUUUGUAUUCUACCUUGGGUCUGUAAGUCUAGUUUUAUAAUAAAAAUAUUGUUGGGUGUUGUUCUUUCUACAUUUACUUACUUUCAGAACCCCAAACCCUAUGGAGUUGAAUGCUACCAUAGUGGAGUGAAGAUGAAAAUAUUUAUUUCAGAAGUUUCAGCAACGGCUGUUGGAUGAUCUCAGUCAGAACUAUCUGCAUUCUUGGAUCAGCCAAGGAAGACCAGGCCUGCAAGAUCUUCUGAUUUGAACUCCUAGGUUAUCUUUGGGGCACAUGAAGGAGCUAAUCUAUGGGCAUUGAACCAAUGACAGACAUUCACUCCUCUUCAAAGAAUUUUGGAUGCUACAAGUGACAUUUGAACCAAACUGCGCAUUCUUGAAGAAGUUCCAACUUUAAUAAUGGAUUCUGCUCAAUCACAGCAUGUUGACUCUGAGGAAUUGCUUUUCCACAUUCUUGAUGGUGUCAUAGGCGCGUGCCACCAACGUCGAGAAACGGAAAGAAAAAAUGUCGAAAAGGGCCUCCAAAGGAUUAAAAAAUUCUGCAGAAACACUACAGAAGGAAGACGUAGUUCAAGCUGUUGUGAUUGUCGACAGCUUCAAGGGAGGAUUUCAUCCGAUUACAUAUUUUAUACCAGCAGCUCUGGUACCUGUAGUAAACACACCACUGCUUGAUUAUACACUGGAAUGGUUGGCAUUGUCUUCAGUUCAAGAAGUAAUUCUUUUCUGCAGCUCACAUGCAGAUCUUAUCAAAGAGCAUAUUAGGAAGAGCAAGUGGAAUGAACUGGCCUCUGCCAUGGUAAUAACAGUGAUGGUAUCUGAGACCUGUCGCUCACUUGGUGAUGCUAUGCGGGACUUGGAUGCAAAGGCUGUUAUAAGGAGUGACUUCAUUCUAGUAUUUGGUGACAUGGUUGGAAAUGUAAACUUACUACCCAUUCUGGAACAUCACAGGAAGUUGCAGAAACAGGACAAGGGUGUAGUAAUGACAAUGGUAUACAAGGAGGCUGGACAUGGUUAUUGUUCACGUUCUGUUGAUGAUAAAGCGGUUCUCACAGUGGACUCAUCUACAGGCAGGGUGUUGCUCCAUAACAAGAUGAAAGUUGGAACUAAACGGAUAAAUAUUCCAUUGGAAACGUAUAGUGACUGCCCUCAAGUAGAACUGCGAUAUGAUCUGCAAGACACCCACGUGGCUGUAUGCUCUCCUGCUGUACCACCGCUAUUUUCUGACAACUUUGAUUUUCAAACAAGAGAUGAUUUUGUUCGUGGGCUGUUAAUGAAUGAGGAAAUUCUUGGAAGUACCAUUUAUUGGUACAAAUUGGAUGAGGCCCAGUAUGCUGCCCAUGUUUCAAACUGGCAAAUGUACCAGUCUGUCAGCCAUGAUAUUAUCUAUCGUUGGGUGUAUCCAUUUGUUCCUGAUUCACCAUUUAUCCAGGAUGUGGAACCUUAUGUGUUUCUUCGGCACAAUGUUUAUAAGCAGAAGUCUGUCAGACUUGGAAAGGGUUGUUUGUUGGAGGAAGACAUCGUCAUUGGCGAGAAUACCAGCGUUGGGGAGAACACCCAUAUUAGUCAUUCUGUGGUUGGCAAAUACUGUCAUAUAGGCAAGAAUGUGACCAUAUAUAAGUCUUAUAUAUGGGAUAAUGUUGUUAUUGGGGAUAACUGUCAUAUCAGCUGUGCUGUUGUUGGACAUGAUUCAAAACUGGGCACAGGUGUAAGACUUUGUAAAGGGUCUGUUCUAAGCCCAGGUGUCGUGCUGCCUUCUGACAUCCAUCUAGAUGCAAACAUUGUUGUUUGUGGUCCUUUACAUAGAAAACAGAGUCUUGAUCAUGAUGUUUAUAAACAAGAGAAAUUAGCAGAGAAAGCAUAUCGCUUGCUUUUAGAUGAGACAGAAUAUGACUCUGAAGACAGUGGACAGGCUCAGAAAUUGUGUGGUCUUUGGUUAGGGACAAGUGGAGGAGACAGUGAGAGUGAGAGUGAAGAAGAGCUUUCAGCUAGUAAUGAGACGUCUGACCGUGCAUCACCUGUCCCUGAUGAUACAUACUUAUUCUUCAGUGAAGUGAUGGAUUCACUGACACGAGGUUAUGAUGACAAGCUUCACCCUGACAACCUGAUCUUGGAGAUCAACUCUUCACGAUAUGCAUAUAACGUGAGUGUAAGGGAGGUGAACUACUUUGUGGUGAAAGCACUGCUCAGCCUUCCGAUCCAGGCUCGCUCGGCUGACUCGGCACCAAAAUAUUUAAAAGAAUUCAACAAAAUGCUUCAAGACUUCCUCCCUAUUCUCCAAAACUAUGUACGCAACUCAGAUGCUCAGCAUGACUGCCUACAGGCCCUUGAGGAUAUGGCAUCAUCAACGGACACACUGCAUGAUGGCUUAAGCAAAUUGCUUCAUCUGUUAUAUGAGAAAGACAUUCUGGCAGAGGACAUCAUCAUGAAGUGGUAUAACAGUGGCGAUGAAAAUUCAACAUCUACAGCUCUCCGCAAACAGGUGGCUCCAUUCAUACAGUGGCUGAAAGAAGCUGAUGAAGAGUCUGAUGAAUCAGACAGUGACUGAAUUCUCAUUAAAAAUUAAUGAAAAUUUGUUGUUAUUGUUCUUGCUGUCACACGUUAAUAAACCUGACAUUUUUAAA